AUGGGAAAGGAAGUAUCUCGAGCCUUAUUCAGAGAGAUGGAACUGUCUAUUUUCUGUUUGUCCCCUGUGUCUAUUGUCGGUGUUAGAUCUGAACAAGCACCCCAUAGGUCGUUACUAGCAUUGAAUGGCGCCAAUCUGAUUACAGUUCAAUCUCAGUUGUUCAACAACGCGGUAAUCCCUGCACAAGCGUUGGGUUCAGUAUUAACAUCGCGCUUCUUCCUUAAUCUGCGCAACGUGUAUUUCUCCGACUCUGACACACAAGAUAACUGUAUUAGCAAAUAUUCCGCUACAUAUGCCUCUAAGACAUCCCGAUUCUCUUCCGUUCGCUUUUCUCAUAGGAUUGCAGGCAACUUCGGCGCCCCCUUGGACGACAUCCUAACCGGUGAUUAUUUCGAAGAGGAGAAUGAUAAUUCCUCCAUACACGACAGUGUAACUUACAUUUCUGAAAACCCUCUCGCAGCUGGACUCUUCGUAGAGCAGACUGAAGACAGAGAAAUGGCCCCUGAGACACUGGCUCUUAGGGAUGUCGGGGGGUGCACGCCGGAGUCACCGGGCUCUGAAGAGGCAGAAAUUGCUGCGCCUGUGUCACCUACGUAUUCUCAGUCUAUAUAA